CCGGGGGAACCUCCGCGCACCCUGCCCGGCUGCUCGUGGCCGCCUCCCGACGCGCUGAGCUGCGCUCGCCUCGGCGCGACCCAGAUUCCCGCCCGCCCCGCCCGCCCGCGCUCGCAGCCUGAGCGGCAGCCGCUGCCGCCCUGUCCAGCCCGCGAGGGGACCCACGGAGCGCAAGCCGGAGCCUGGGGAGGAGGAAUGGAGCCCGCUUCGCCCCGCGCCGGGGGGUGCUGAGCGGCCGACGCCGAGGCCAGUUCAUCCCUAUUUGACAAAGGCAAUUUUGGAAGCAUUUACCUGAACACAGUUUGCACAGCAUCUGGACAGUCAACUCGGGCACAAUGAAGCACUUCCUGAGAAUGUUGAUCCAGGUAUGCCUGUAUUUUUACUGUAAGUUUUUGUGGCGCUGCCUGAAAUUUGUAAUGAGGAAGCUAACUGGAAGAUGUGAACUACAACGGAUCUGUUACAAUACCAAGCCUGGAGCUUCUAGAACCAUGAAAAUCGAAACAUCAUUAAGGGAUUCAAAAAGUAAGCUGCUGCAGACUUCAGUGAGCGUUCACCUUGAUGCCAUUGAAAAAACUAUAGAAGACAUCAUGGAACUGAAGAAAAUUAAUCCCGACAUAAAUCCACAGCUGGGAAUCUCUCUGCAGGCUUGCCUUCUGCAGAUUGUUGGGUACAGAAACCUUAUUGCAGAUGUGGAAAAACUGCGCAGAGAGCCCUAUGACUCUGAGAAUCCCCAACAUGAAGAGAUGCUUUUGAAGUUAUGGAAAUUCUUGAAGCCCAAUACGCCCCUGGAAUCUCGGAUUUCUAAGCAGUGGUGUGAAAUUGGUUUCCAAGGUGACGAUCCUAAAACGGACUUUCGAGGAAUGGGACUUCUGGGACUGUACAAUUUGCAGUAUUUUGCGGAAAGGGAUGCCACUGUGGCUCAGCAGGUUCUCUCCGACUCUCUUCAUCCGAAAUGCAGGGAUAUCACUAAAGAGGAAAUAAGCAAAUUCAGCAAAGCAGAAUGGGAAAAGAAAAGGAUGGAUAAAGCAAUUGGGUACUCAUUUGCAAUUGUGGGCAUCAAUAUUACUGACCUGGCGUAUAAUCUACUGGUGAGCGGAGCUCUAAAAACCCAUUUCUACAAUAUUGCCCCAGAAGCUCCAACGUUGUCUCACUUCCAACAGACCUUCUGCUAUUUGAUGCAUGAAUUUCAUAAGUUUUGGAUUGAAGAAGAUCCCAUGGACAUAAUGGAAUUUAAUCGUGUGCGAGAGAAAUUCCGUAAGAGAGUCAUCAAACAGCUGCAGAACCCAGACAUGGCGCUGUGCCCACAUUUUGCCGCCUCGGAAGGUCUAAUCAACAUGUAGUCGCCACGCUGGAGUUAAUGGGCCCCCUGGAACACUGCCUCAUCAUCCUGUUAGAUUUCUGCUUAGGUCACAGCUCACAUGGAAUGCACACAGUGGUUGCAUGCAUGCCUUUUGGUACAGUAUUUUCAUCUCUUGGUCCUAAUUCCAAGAUCCCCAGAUACCACUGUUUCUGGAGUGUCUUUCAUCCAGUCACUGCUCUAUUGUGGCAUCGUGCAGUGUUACAUCUUGCCUUGAUAGCCAAGUAUGGAGAGAGUUUUCUAUUUUUUUAGAUUUUUUUCCUCCCCCUCAUAAUUCAGCAUUAAAGAAUUGUAUUUCUCUAGCUGUAUUUUGUAUGUAAGAGUUUUAGCUGAAUCUUGUUCUGUGAAAGCCUUUUAAUUUAUUGAUAAUGUUUCAUCACUACUGCUGCUAGCUUUUCAAGCCGACUUCAUGCUUGGACCUCAUUCUGAUAAAGUGUAAGACUUUAAAAUAAUACAGACAGACACAUGAUACGCCAAACUGUUCCUGCAAACAUAGCUGUGCUUCAUGAAAACAUAACGAGGCUUACAAGAAGUAACUUUAGGUAGGAGCUGUUUUUGUUUGAAGUACUGCAGAAUUAUACUGUGACUUACCCCCCACCCCAGUCACAAUUGUGUCAUAGUCAUUUGGAUAUCAAAUUAGUUUAUUCUCAUAAUUUCAUGGGCUUGGAUGCCUAAACAUGUUUAUGAUGCAUGGAGCCUAAGAAAAGAAGUAAACGUAUUUCAAAAGCUGCAAAAGGUUUUUCACUGCCUGCCUCUUACUGAACUCAGUUACACACUCGCACUGUUCUGAUCCAGGCACCUUUGCUUGGGGAACCAAGUGCUGACUGGUUUGUUUUCUAUGUCAAGGAGCCAUAUUAAAAAACAAUUUGCAAGAAAAUGUGUCACAAGAGAGCAACCUAAGUUAUGUGACAGUGCAAUAUUUCUUGAAAAGAAUGACCUUAUCUUGUGUCACUGAACAAAGUAAAUUGCUUGGAAGGGGAAAAGUCAAAUCAUUCCAAAACUGCUAAAAUUUAUUUUAAAAACCAUGAUUUAGUUUGGAAUUAUGAUUGUAGUCUGUUGAAUAGUAUUUACCAUGGCAUUUCAUACCCAUGGUAUUUUAUACCUCUGACUAUCAGUUUUAGUAUUACCAGAUGUUUGUGUAAUCACUGGCUUAUUUAAAUGAAUUUUAAGUACUGCCGAAUUGUCAGUUAUAUGAAUAAAUUACAUGUCAUUCUACUGUAAC